AUGGAAGACAAGGAGAUCCAGCUCAGUCCUCUAUUUGUGUCCGUUUUCGGAAAAAUCUUCUUUGCAUACUGGUUAAUCACGGUGCCCUUCUACAUUAUGCUAGUAGUCUUCAUGAUUCAUGCUCAAGUUAAGAAGGCCCCCAACUUAACGAGUUCGUUCUAUACGUUGUGCAUAACGACAGGAAUCAUCGAUAUUGUAACCCUUCUCAACAAUUAUUUUGGAGCAGUAUUACCGCGAUGGGGAUGGAUUGCAAGUCUCAAAUUUCAAGGUACUAUGCAAGCAACAUCGACGUCAUUAUUGGCUCUCAAUCGUCUCUCAGCGGUUCUCUUUCCUUAUCGAUAUGAUCAGGUGAGUAUCUUAGCACUGAAAUAA